AUGGCCGCGAACGACGUGAAGGUCGCGGCAGAGAUCAAGGAUCUCACGCGCAUCGAGCGUAUCGGGGCCCACUCGCAUAUCCGCGGCCUCGGACUCGAUGACGUCCUCGAGGCGCGCAAGGUGUCGCAGGGCAUGGUGGGCCAGGUCCAAGCACGCAAGGCGGCGGGCAUCAUCCUCCAGAUGAUUCGGGACGGCAAGAUCGCGGGGCGCGCGGUCCUGCUCGCCGGCCAGCCCGGCACCGGCAAGACGGCCAUUGCGAUGGGCAUGGCCAAGGCCCUGGGGGAGGAGACGCCGUUCGCCAUGUCCACCGCGUCGGAGAUCUACUCGAUGGAGAUGUCGAAGACGGAGGCGCUGACGCAGGCGUUCCGCAAGGCGAUCGGGGUGCGGAUCAAGGAGGAGACGGAGAUCAUUGAGGGCGAGGUGGUGGAGGUGGAGGUGGACCAGGCGCCGGCGGGGCAGGCGGCGAAGAGCGGGAAGCUGACGCUGAAGACGACGGAGAUGGAGACGGUGUACGACCUCGGGCAGAAGAUGAUCGAGGCGCUGCAGGGGCAGAAGGUCACCGCGGGGGACAUCAUCACCAUCGACAAGGCCAGCGGGCGGAUCAACCGGCUCGGGCGGUCGUUCGCGCGCGCGCACGACUUCGACGCGAUGGGCCCGCAGCAGCGCUUCGUGCAGUGCCCCGAGGGCGAGCUCCAGAAGCGCAAGGAGGUGGUGCACGUGGUGACGCUGCACGAGAUCGACGUCAUCAACUCGCGCGCGCAGGGGUUCCUCGCGCUGUUCAGCGGGGACACGGGCGAGAUCCGCGCGGAGGUGCGCGAGCAGAUCGACGCCAAGGUCGCCGAGUGGCGCGAGGAGGGCAAGGCGGAGAUCGUCCCGGGCGUGCUCUUCAUCGACGAGGUGCACAUGCUCGACAUCGAGUGCUUCUCGUUCCUGAACCGCGCGCUCGAGAGCGACAUGGCGCCGAUCCUGGUCGUGGCCACCAACCGCGGCAUCACGCGCAUCCGCGGGACCAACUACCGGUCGCCGCACGGCAUCCCCAUCGACCUGCUGGACCGCCUGCUGAUCAUCUCGACGACGCCGUACAGCGAGAACGAGAUCCGGCAGAUCCUCGACAUCCGGUGCGAGGAGGAGGACGUGGAGAUGAGCGACGACGCCAAGGACCUGCUGACCAAGAUCGGGCACGAGACGAGCCUGCGGUACGCCAUCCAGCUCAUCACGGCGUCGUCGAUCGUGUGCCAGAAGCGCAAGGGCACGGAGGUGGAGAUCGAGGACAUCAGCAAGGUGUACACGCAGUUCGUCGACGUGAAGCGGUCGGCGCAGUUCCUGACCGAGUACGCCAGCCAGUACAUGUUCAACGAGGUGCAGGACGCCGACGACGGGGAGGCCAUGGACACGCAGUAG